AUUCUCGACUACUUUACAUUAAAUACUCGACACCUAUUCUACGUCCCAAAGUCUCUCGUACCAUUUUGCUCCCAGUCCCAGUCUUGGCCAUUUUUGUUCCCUCUGACCGAGCUCGCUCGCCGACUUACCGUCGAUCAUGGAGGCGCCGGAGGAUCCCCGCCGCCGGCGCGUAGGCCUCCUGUACGACGAGCGGAUGUGCCGCCAUGCCACCCCCGAUGGCGAGAGCCACCCGGAGAAUCCCGAGCGGAUCCGCGCCAUCUGGCUGAAGCUCGAGUCCGAGGGAAUUCCCCAGAGAUGUGUAGUUCUGAGAGCCAAGGAAGCUGAGGACAAGUACAUAGCACUUGUUCAUACCCAAAGUCACAUCAAGCUGAUCAGGAAUAUCAGCUCUAAAGAAUUUGAUUCUCAACGUCUUAGGAUUGCCUCAAAGUUCAAUUCUAUAUAUUUUAACAAGGGUUCAUCUGAAGCUGCUUAUCUUGCAGCAGGUUCAGUUGUUGAGGUGUCUGAAAAGGUGGCCAAAGGAGAUUUGGAUUCUGCUAUUGCCAUUGUGAGGCCUCCUGGACAUCAUGCAGAAUCUGAUGAAGCUAUGGGCUUUUGUCUCUUCAACAAUGUCGCAAUUGCAGCUAAUUUUCUCUUGAAUGAAAGGCCUGAAUUAGGUAUUAGAAAGAUACUAAUUGUGGACUGGGAUGUUCACCAUGGCAAUGGCACUCAGAAUAUGUUUUACAAGGACCCCCGGGUACUGUUCUUUUCUAUUCACAGGUUUGAUUUUGGAAGCUUUUAUCCAGCUGGUGAUGGUGGUUCAUAUUGCAUGGUUGGUGAAGGGGCAGGUGCAGGAUAUAACAUUAAUGUUCCUUGGGAACAUGGACAGUGUGGUGAUGCAGACUAUUUAGCUGUCUGGGACCAUGUAUUGCUUCCUGUAGCUGAAUCUUACAAUCCUGACAUAAUAUUAAUUUCUGCUGGAUUUGAUGCAGCUGUUCGUGAUCCACUUGGAGGUUGUUGUAUCACACCAUAUGGAUAUUCACUUAUGUUGAAAAAGCUGAUGGGAUUUGCUCAAGGAAAGAUAGUGAUGACACUGGAAGGAGGUUACAAUCUUAAUUCUAUAGCAAAUUCAGUUCUUGCUUGUGCAAAAGUUUUAUUGGAAGAAAAACCCUUAGUUGGAUCCAUAGAGGUGCAACCUUUUGAGUCUACAUGGCGUGUCAUACAAGAGGUUCGACAUGAACUAAAGACAUUCUGGCCAGCAUUGGCUGUUGAGUUACCACAGAAUGUUUUGGCUAGCAACGGUAGACCUUGCCCAGUUGAGCUAAACUUGAGCUCUAGCUCUGAGUCUGAUUUGGGGAGUGAUGGGGAAGCUUCCAGCACUGUAUGUUCCUCAAAAUUUGUUGAGAUUAUUGAGCCCCUUUCGAAGUUGAAUAUUGAUGAAGAUAAUCAAGGGAAAGCGAUUGUCUCAAACCACAGUCCAGCUGAGCAAACUCCUGUUAUUUCAUCAGAAGAAUGUCGUAAUGCACAAGCAUUGGUGCCUGAUAACAGUGUUGAUGGUUGUAUUUCUUGGAGAUCAGUUUUAUCAAAUAUUGAAGUUUGGUAUGCCAGCUAUGGAUCAAAUAUGUGGAAACCAAGGUUUCUCUGCUACAUUGAAGGUGGAAAGGUCGAAGGUAUGAACAAACCAUGUCCUGGAUCGCGAGAUAAAAGUUCACCAAAAGAUGUCAUCUGGAAAACAGUGCCUCAUCGGUUAUUCUUUGCAAGAUCUCACACCCGGACAUGGGGCAAAGGAGGUGUUGCUUUUCUUCAUCCUGAAAGCAACAAGAAUGAGAAAGCCUACAUGUGCAUGUAUAGAAUAACGCUUGAGCAGUUCAAUGAUGUAUUAUUUCAAGAGAAUAGUUUACAUCAAGAGAAUGGCAAAAGUCAUGGUGCAAGAGUGCCUUUACUGGAUUUAUCUGAGAUCGGUGUUGUUGCUGGAAAUAAGUCAUUGCCUCUAGAGGCUCUUAAGGCUGGAUGGUAUUCCAAUGUCCUUUAUUUGGGGAAGGAGGAUAACCUUCCAAUCUUCACUAUGACGUGCUUAUUUUCAGAGAUCGAGCAAUUUAAAUCUGGUGAAUUACCUGUAACCGGCCCUUCUAACAAUUACAUGAAUGCAUUAGUGAGAGGGUUGGUAGAAGGAAAACAGCUUACCAGAAAGGAAGCAAUUGCUUACAUUAAUGAUGCUGCUGGCAGAGGGUUAUGAGUACUUGGGCCCCACAUUUAUAGCAUAGCAAGUUGUGUAGGAACGAUGAUUAACAUUGAAUAAAAAUGCAAACAGCUCAAUAUUCACUGUGUAUAGGUUGUCUUUUAGAAGUUUGCAUAUGGCCUGCACAAAGAGUGCUUGACUAGAAAACGUUUUUGGAACAAUUCCGACUGAAUGGUUUUUGGUGUUAUGAUUUGUCUUUCA